GUUCUACAUCAGUAUGACGACAGUCGGAAGGUGGUUUUCGUGGACAAAUUCUCCGACAUUGUCAACAAAGCGAGGGAAUGUUUUGAAUUAAAUAAAGGAAACGUAUUGAUUGUCCAGAAAUAUGAUGAAGAAUGGAGCGAGUACAUAGAUUGUGACAGUUUUGCCCAGAUUAAUACUGGUGAUAAACUUAAAAUAAUAUUGACCGAUCUGAUGAUGGUCAAGAUACAUCUCUAG